AUGUUUUUCGGGCGGCCGAGGGGGGAGCUGGCCGAGGACGCCGAGAUCGCCGAGGCCGGCGAGCGGCCAGCCGCCUGGAGGCUGUUCCGCUGGGACGACCAGGACGAGGAGGCCUGCGCGUUCCACCGCCGGCGUGCGGCGGGCGAAGUCGUGCCGACGGAGGAGCAGGACGCUCUCAUCGCCAGGCGGAAGGAGCUGCGCCUCGCCGAGGGCAUCCAGCUGUUCGACGACUGGCUGCUGUCCUCGGCCAAGGAGGCCGCCAGCGGUGCCCGUGUCCACCUGGUGCUGGAGGCGCCGGUGGGCGCCGACGAAGUGGAGCUUCACGUCGAGGCCAGCGUCGCGCCAGCGCCGCCAGCGCACGAGUGCUUGCGGCGCAUCGAGUUGGACUCCGACUCUGACAGCGACGAGGCCGAGGACCCCGAUGACGGCGGGCGGAGCCCGCGGCGCGACAGCACUCUGCGCAGGCAGGCGGCGCGCGCGGGGCGCGGGCGACCCGCGCGUGAGGCCGCCUGCUUCUUGCCCUCGGUGCUCGCCCUGGCCCCUCUGGUUAGGCUGCUCCUGGGGGGUCGGUGCGACGCACUGGGAGGGCGCGCCGGCACCGAGCCAAGGAGCGUCGGGACCGCGCUCCGCCGCCAGAGGAGGAGGAGCUCGGUAUCGAUCGGUCGGGCGGCGCAUGGCCUGCUCAC